GUAGAUUGCAGUAUCCUUGAAUUGCAGUCUUGUUAGAUGGAGACGCAAGUUCAUGGCCGCGAAGAAGACGAUCCUUGGCUGGCUCCAGACAAAGUAUACCAUGUAAUAUUCUGCUUCUCCAUAUCUCUUCUCUUCUCAACUCUCGCCUCUCUCUCCGGCAACUCCUUUCUACGACGUCACUCCAUCUGGAUCGGAUCUGCGUUCUCACUUGCCGCUGGAGCGGCAAAAGAAGCUGCCGAUCAAUUUGGUAUAUUCCCUUCCGCAGGUGCUUCCGCUAGAGACGCCGUCGCGGACGCCAUUGGAGUUGUGAUCGCUGCUUUGGUUCUCUUCCUCUGGAAAUCUCGCAGAUCACGUACCCGACCCAUCCUUCCGAUUUGAAUCUUCUUACUAAUUGCUGUCGAUUCGAGAAAAUACGAUUCAGAUUAGCUUAUAUAUAAUCCAUUGAAGCUUGUCAGUGUUGUAUCCUCCGAAAAUCUAGUGAAUAUAUCAAAAGGUUGAUCGAUUUGAUCAUCACAAUUUUGGUAAUCAGUCUCCUUUAUUUUGAAUUGUUGAAAUGAAAACAUGCAAGUUGCAGUGAGAGUGUUCAUCGAAGUGAAUGGCUUGAAUAAAACUGUACUCAGAUU